CGAGAUGGGAUCAUGUACAACGUGAACAUAAAAAGAAGGAGUAUGUGUGUGAUCAGUGCGGAAAAUGCUUCAGAUUCAAAAAAAUAUUUAAAAAAGCACAUUUUGACGCAUUUGCGAGUGGAGGAUCGCAAGUAUCAGUGCGAUAUAUGCCAGAAGAAGUUUAUAACAAACUUUAAACUCACUAUACACAAGCGUAUUCAUAGUGGAGUACGGUCUUAUAAAUGCGAUGUAUGCUCGUUCAGUUUCCGUCGCUUGGAUUCCAUGAAACGUCAUCGAAUGGUUAAGCACUUUAAGAAUGAAAACAAACAUGCAAAAAAUACACUACCCAAGAAUAUACUGUGAAACAGAGAAAACUUCGUGUGUGAUUAUUGUGGAAAAUGCUUCAGGUAAAGUUAUCCUUGGUUAUAUAAUAAAAAUUAGUUA